CAAAAAAAUAYUAACAGUAAACAACAAAUAAAAUAUAAUACAAUUAUUUUAAUUUAGUUAAUUUUUAGUAUAAUAUGCGUCCAAUUAUUAUUACUAUUAAUAUUUUGCUGGCUAUGAUAUUAUUGUUUGGAUUAUUGUAUGCAAAUAGACAUACAAACAACAAAAUGAUUGAAAAACAAGUAAAACUAUUACAACAACAACAACAAUCACAACCAUUAAUGUCAUCAGUUAAUCGAAAAUCAUGCGAUCCGAUAGAUAAAUCUGAUAAUAUGGUUCCUGUAUAUCAACAACAAUAUCCAAAAAUAAUUUGUAAUUUUAAAAUUGGCGAAAGAGUUUGCGGAGACAAGUGCUGUGAAAAGGGAAGGGCGUGUAUUAGUGUAAGUAUUAUCGGUAUCGGUAUAUGUUUGGGUUUGGGUUAAAUAACUAUUGGGUUAAUUGUAUA